CUCUAAUUCUCUCUCCAUGCGAGUCCUGUUGCUCUGCUGCGUUGCGCUGCUUGCGCUGGCGCAUAGCGGGCAGGCCAUUGACUGCCGAGACAAUCUUGUCGAUAACGACGACGUGUACUCUCUCUCCAAGCUCACCGGCACCUUCUCUGUCUCUGAUGGCAAUACCAUGUACACCCUCUCCCUCUGCGAGCCCAUGUCCUGUGGUGGUGAAUCGGGCUAUGCUGGAUGCCAGAAGACCGCCAGUGGGCACGAGUACGGGAUGGGCAAGCAAGGGACGAUCAUGUACUCGUUCGACGUGCCCCAGGACCAGGACGGUGUGCGGAUGGCGUUUACGCAUGGCAUGGAGUGCUCGAACCAUGAUCAGCGGCAGUUUGCGGUCAAUGCGGUGUGCGCCGACGAGGGCGAGGCCGACACGCUCAUGUAUGACGGUGAGACGUCGCACUGCAAGUACGAGUUUACGCUGCGGACGACCAAGGCGUGCCCGAAGCCUGCGAGCGGCCCGCCGCCGCCGGUCGGGUGCGACGCAUGGUCGCCGAUCGGCUCGCAGGUGGUGUACGAGCCCAAGAAGCUGACGCUGCCGUCCGGCGAGACGUACACUACGCAGAUGGACACGACGAACGAAAUUUUUGAGUUUGACCUCAACGUGUGCGGGCCAGUCGAGUGCGAGGGCGCCGACAUGACGGACCCGCCUGCCGUGUGCCAGACGACCGGCUCGCGCAAGCACUUCUCGCUGGGCAAGGUGGCGUCGACCACGUUCUCUGCGCUGACGUCGGAACGAGCCGGGUACCGGAUCGAGGUGAGCAACGGCGACCGCUGCCACGACGGGACGCCGCGGCAGUCGCGGAUCACGGUCUUCUGCUCGCCCGAGGACGUUGAGCCGCGGCUGUUGUACAUGGGCGAGCUGUCGCAUUGCGAGUACGAUUUCUCGCUGUACGCAGCAGACGGGUGCCCGAAGGAGGUUGCCCCGCCUUCGCCUGUGCCGACCUCCGAAUGCCCUGAGAUUCUUGCGACCGACGACGCGUUCCACUACGCACCAAAGUCUGUGGCGAUGCCGGCAUCGUCACCGUACACGACCAAGGGGAUGGGCGACGAGGGGACUGAGUACCUGUACGAGGUCAACGUGUGCGGUACCGUUGCCGGAUGCUACCCAUCGAACUCGGCGAGCGGCAACCACAUCGCGGCGUGCCAGACGAACAAGGACGUGUCGCCGGAGAUCCAGUUCUCGCUGGGGUCGUCGACAUCGGUGGCGGUGGAGGAGCUCAUGCCGCCUGGUGAGGGCUUCAAGGUGACGUACACCGGCGGCGACGGGUGCUCGUCGAAUGACGAGCGCCGAACGGUCAUCUACGCGCACUGCGUCCAGGUGAGCGGCGACGCGAUCCCGCCUGCAGAGCUGGUGUUUAUCGGCGAGACCUCGCACUGCAUCUACGAGUUUGACCUCUACACCCCGGAUGCGUGCCCGAUUCCCAACGCACCGCCGCCGCCGCCGGUGACGUGCUCGGCGGCGUCGCUGCCGUCGGCCAAGCACCCGGGCAAGGUGUACGAGUUCCACAAGCUCGCGCGUGGGUCGACGGCGGCGCAUCACAUGGCAGGCAUCCAGAUUGGCGACGAUGUGUACGAUUUUACGUCGAACAUCUGCGCGCCGGUCGACUGCACGGCGCGGAGGGACAAAUCGAUCUCGCCGGCCGGGUGCCAGAUCCUGAUGGAGGCGGUCGCAUCAGACGACGACCAUGCGCCAACAUCGAGCCAGGCGCACAUGUAUGCGCUCGGUGACCUCUCCACUGCCACGUUGGAGGAGAACGACUCGGGUGACGGCUACGUGGUGACCUACACCGGCGGUGACGAGUGCCACUCGGGCGACCGGCGCCAGCUCAACAUCCACGUUCUCUGCGACGAGGGCGCGAAUGAGGCUGUGGCCUCGUUUGAGGAAGAGUCCUCGCACUGCGUGUACGACGUCAUCAUCCACGCGUCUAACGGCGCGUGCGCCGUGCCGGCUCCGACGCCGUCGCCCGACUCGUCGGGCAUGUCGGGCGUCGCCAUCUUCUUUAUUGUCGUCAUUGUUGUCGUCAUCGCGUCGGUCGGUUCCCUCCUUGCGUACCAGACGUACUUUAAGGGCGAGCCGGCGUCUGCACUGCUCGACUGCGAGUUCCUCGCAGGCUGCUCUAACCCGUGUGCUUCUCGGCCGGCGUACCAGUUUGAGCGCCUUGCGACCGAGGACCCCGACGACUUGUAAACGCCGUGUAUGCGA